CAACGUGCUGAAUGCAAAAAACAAGCGUUUACAAAUUUUCUUUGGCAUUACAUAUUGCUUAUUGUGUUUUUGUGUUUUAUUUAAUUUAAAAAAUGUUGAGUCGUAAAAGACGAGCUAGCUCUAUUUCUAGCAAGCAAGAUGAAGAUCCUUUGCAAAUGGAUGAUUCUACACCGGAACAAUCUCCAGUUUUGCAAACAUCUGUGCGUAAGAAACGCCGGCCUGAUCCAAGUGAAUUGUGCCAGCAGCUGUACGAUUCAAUACGAAGCAUUAAAAAAGAAGAUGGCGCUACAUUGUGCGAUACAUUUAUCCGUGCGCCAAAAAGACGACAGGAACCUUCUUAUUAUGACAUAGUUACCAAUCCUAUUGAUUUAUUAAAAAUUCAACAAAAACUUAAAACAGAUUCUUAUGAUGAUGUCGAUGAUUUGAUGCAAGAUUUUGAGCUGCUUGUCAAGAAUGCUAAAGCAUUCUACAAGCCAGACACAGUAGAGCAUCAGGAUGCUAAUGCACUUUGGCAACACAUACUGGCUAAUAAACAUAGAAUCUUAGAUUCUAAUGGUAUAAUAGAAGAUGAACCGAAGGUAAAACGUCUAUGUCGCAAUCCCAGGCGGUUGACUGGAUCGACUAGUAAUAACGGUUCUGCUGAACUAGAAGGCGACAGUACACGAAUUGACGAUGAUUUUAAUCCUUAUGAAGAACUUUUUGCUGCAGUAAUGACAACAGUGGACUCGAGCAUGAACGAUCGACCGCUUCACCGCAUGUUUCUUCUACUGCCUUCCAAAAAAAUGUAUCCCGAUUACUACGACGUUAUUGAGCAUCCAAUAGAUUUAAGAUUAAUUGCAACUAAAAUUCAAAUGAAUGCUUAUUCGAGCUUAGUUGAAAUGGAAAGGGAUCUGUUACAGAUGACCAAAAAUGCUUGCCAAUUCAACGAGCCGGGUUCUCAAAUAUAUAAAGACGCAAAAGCCCUCAAGCGGUUAUUUACGCAAAGGCGUAUAGAUAUUGAGAGUGGUAAGGUAAAACCGUCACGUCGUAUAAAAAAUCUUUCAAGUGCGGCAAUAUCAGCUAUGAAAGAAGAUGUUGAUAGUUCCGAUGAUGAAGAAACAAGCAAAAAAGGUGAAGGGCCAAUGUGGGCACUUUUUGAUCACUUAUAUAAUGCCCCUGGAUCUUCUGAGCACCCUGGCGCAACGGGACCUCCUUUGGGUACUUCUUUAUGGAAAUUGCCAGUUCGACGUUUUCAUCCUGAGUAUUUCGAACUUAUUAAACGACCAAUCUCAAUGUCUCAAAUAAACACCAAACUAAAAAAAGGAGACUAUGCCAAUAUAAGUGAUCUUACAGCUGACCUUUGUCUAAUGUUAGAUAAUGCAAAAAAGGCAUUUCCUCCGACACAUCGGACACACAGAGACGCUGUAAAGAUGUUAAAAAUAAUGAAUAUGAAAUUAGUAGAAGAGUCCUUAGAACCGGAAACUAGCGAUAUGGAGGACGACGGCGAUAUAGAUGGAGAUUUGGAGGAUACAAUGAAUAAUAGUGGUGCGCCACGAGAAAAGAAGAAAGGACGCCCACGUAUUAAUUCCAAUAGUACAAGCGUAUCUAAUACGCCCACAAGCAAUUCACCAAAGUCUAGCAGGAUUCCAAUAAAUGCAGCUAUAAAAAAGAAAAUAUUGAGUAUUCAAAAAUACUUGGUUGAUUUUACAAUAAGUAAUCGCAGACCAAUUGAAUUGUUCAUGGAGAAACCUCCAAGAAAAAUUUAUCCGGACUACUAUGACAUAAUACAAAAUCCAAUUGAUAUGAAUACGAUUGAUCAUAAUAUCCGCUGUGAUAAAUAUGCCACGGUGGAAGAUGUAGUAUCUGAUUACCGUCUAAUGUUUUCUAAUUGUAGACAGUAUAACGAGGAAGGCUCUACCAUAUAUGAAGAUGCCAAUAAUUUGGAAAAAGCAUUAAAUGAAAAACUAAAAGAAUUUCCUGGCUUAGCUGAUAUUAAGAAACCAUUGCAAAAAUUGACCAAAACUGGUGGUCGCAGGAAAACUGCAGUCGUUGAUAAAAUGUGGCAGUUUUAUGAGACAUUGCGAGAAUAUCAGGAGCCAAAAGGAAAACGACAAUUAUCAUUAAUAUUCACGAAAUUACCAUCGAAGAGUGAGUACCCAGAUUAUUAUGAUAUUAUAAAAGAACCGAUUGAUAUGGAGCGUAUAGCACAGAAAUUGAAGCAAGGUAGCUAUGAGAGCGUAGAUGAGUUGGGUGCAGACUUCCUCUUAAUGCUUGAGAAUGCUUGUAAAUAUAAUGAACCAGAUUCGCAGAUAUACAAAGAUGCGCUUGUGCUGCAACAACUGACUUUGCAAUUAAAACAGAGCUUGAGGAGUGAACAAUCUUCAACACCAGAUAUAGCACUUGCUGUACAAGAAUUAUUGCUCAGUUUGUUUACGCAGCUAUACAAUCAUCAAGACGAAGCAGGUAGAUGUUAUUCUGACUCUUUGGCUGAAGUGCCUGAAUAUGAUGAGCUUCCUGAUGGCAGCGGCAAAUUGAGUAAAAUACGAGGAAUUUCCUUAGACUUAAUAAAACGGCGUUUGGAUAAGCUUGCAUAUAAGCGAUUAGACGUAUUUCAAGAAGAUGUGUUUUCAUGCCUUGAACGCGCACGUCGUUUAUCUCGUACAGACUCAGAUGUUUUCCAGGAUUCAAUUGAGCUACAAACCUUCUUUAUUAAAAAAAGAGACGAGAUGUGCAGAGAUACAUUUAGCUCCCCUGCUCUUCUCUACACUGUGGAAAAUUUAUUAGCCGAAGUAGAGGCGAUGCGCCAACAAAAACUAGCGCAAGAAGAUCAAGACCAAGAGGAUAAAGACGAUUUAGAUACCGCUGCGAUGCAAGGAGAAAGUAUGACUAUCAAUCAAAAGGUAUUUUCUCCAGGAGAUUUUGUAUACUUUCAGCUACCAGAAAACAAAAUACCCAGCAUUGCAUAUAUUGAACGUCUUUGGACUGCUGCAGAUAAUGUAAAGUGGAUGCAUGGCUCCGUAUUCUUACGUCCACAUGAAACGUACCAUGUGGCUACACGUAAGUUUCUUGAAAUGGAAGUAUUCAAGAGUAGUGUUUCUCAAACAAUCCCAAUGGAUAAAGUGCUUGGGAAGUGCUACAUAAUGCAUAUUAAAGAUUAUAUAAAAAUGCGUCCAGAAGGUUUUGCUGAUAAAGAUGUUUUUGUUUGCGAAUCAAAGUAUAAUAGCCGAGCACGCUGCUUCAAGAAAUUCAAAAUAUGGCCCUUCGUACGUGUAAACGAUCCUGUGCGUUUUAUACCCCGGGAGGAACCCUUGGAGUUGCGUAGAGUCAUGUCCGUUUUUAAAGAACGCAUUGAAAAGCACAAAGGAGAAUUGGAGGAGCUUAAAUUGCAGGAGACAUUAGUAGAGAAGGAAAAACCUAAUGUAGUGUGCGAUGCCCCACCGACAAAUGUUGAGCCUAAUAGUGUCUACUAUCAGCAAUAUAACACUAUUUGCAGUGGUGCAGUUAAAGUUGGCGACUUUGUAUAUGUAGCUACGCAAAGUGGAAAACAGUCCAUUGCGCAAAUUCAUCAAAUAUGGGAAAACUCAAGCAAAUCAUAUUUUAAAGGUCCUUGGCUCUUAACACCAAGCGAGAUAGUAUCUCCAUCAAAUAAGCAAUUCUAUCGGCAAGAACUUUUACUAUCAACCGUUGAAGAUGUUAGUCCACUUAUAGCCAUUGUUGGUCGUUGUGCAGUAUUGGAAUGUAAUGAAUAUAUUAGUUGUCGACCGACGGAGAUACCAGAAAGUGAUGUCUACAUUUGUGAGUCAAUUUAUGAUGAAUUGAGGAAAUCCCUACGUAAACUUAAUACACUCGGCGGCUUACGUAAAUUUCAAUACAGUUGUGAGGUAACUCAGGAUGAGAUUUUCCAUUUCAAAACACCUAUAAAGCCUAUUAAGGAGAUCAAGGGUUCCGAAGGUCAAGAAAACUUAUGUUUGCUUGAAGAUUCAUUAGAUGGUAAUCCCCCUUCAGUGAAUUCAGAUGUAGCUGCAAUAUCGUCGCCAGCACCUUCGGUGUCUUCUACACCCAUAUCGUCGAAAAUAAAAAACAAAACUUCUAAAAAGAGUCUUACUGGUUAUAUUCUUUAUUCGAGUGAGGUUCGCAAAGGUAUUAGUCAAAGUAAUCCCGAAGCCUCAUUUGGCGAUAUUUCACGUAUGGUCGGUACUGAAUGGAAGAACUUGCCGGCUAGUGUAAAACAAAGUUGGGAAGACCGCGCAUCACGACUAAACGAGGAGUCAGCUGCACGUCGAGAAAUAGAUGAAAGCUUAAACUUUGCUGGGGGUGGUGCAAGUGGUAGUCCGGGCCCAAGUGAGCAAGGAAACGGUCAUAUAUUUGAAUGUCUAUGGGAUAAAUGCGACUAUCAAUUCGAGGACAGUGUAGACUGCAUGGAGCAUUGCAUACAAGAUAGCAGUGGUCACGUCCAACGUACCGCUAUGCAGGGCAACGAUACUGAAUUCACUUGCUUAUGGCGCGGUUGUAUUCGUAUGAAAAAAAAUAUGCAAGCAUUUCCAACAUUGUUGCGUCUCAUUAAGCAUGUCAGAGAGGUACACUUAAACAAGGGUGGAAAAGUUAUUCUUCCAAAUGAACGCAGUAAGAAUUUCGUGCACAGAAAAAAUCAAAAACCCUCGCAAGGCGUGCAAAUAAAUGUACAAUCCCAUCAAGCUCCACAAUCGGGUAUGUCGCCUCGAUGUGCCAACGGUAAUAAUGGCGAUAAUGGUGCACCAUCACAGAAUCCAAUACAAGCUGUGGGACCACCACCUGAGCCAAUGUUUGUAACAGUGCCACCAAGGCCUCAACGCGUACUUCACUCCGAGUCGUACAUUAAAUACAUUGAAAGUUUGCAAAAUACUUCAGGACCAUCGCAGAAGCCCACCUGGAAAGCUGGAUUGAAGAAGGCAACAGUGGCAGAUGUGACUGUCAGGCCGGGCAUCACUUUACCUUCCAAUUGGUUGGGUAAAUAUGCCGGUGGUACCACAGAAGAUGCUGUGACAGCAUUAUGUCAUUUACGUAAUUUUAUGAUGGACGAUGCACUACAAAUUCAUCGCAGCUGCUACUAAUAUUAUAUAUAUAUAUGCUUUUUUACAUGCGAGGGAAACCUUAUUUUCGAAUGUCUUUUUAAGGCCUUAGGUGGUAGGUUGAGUUCUUAAUGAUUUAGUGACUACAGUUUUAAUUUAAAAUUAAAUGUUGAACGACGGGAUUUUAUGCAAAGUAUCCCAGAAAUGAUUAUUAUUAAAUUUUUGUUUUGAAAAGACGUAAUAACAUGGCAUACAUAUUUGCAAAUAGCAGCAAACAGAAGAUCUUACGGUUUUUACGACUCAACAAAAAAAAAAAAAAGAAAAAACAUUUUUAAUUUUUAGAUAUUUAGAAUUUUAAUGGUGGUUAGUUAUACAAGAACUUAAAUUUGACAACCACUUUACAAGAUUUGUAUCUUUCAUUAUUACACAAUAGUAUAUGAAAACGUUGUAUUCAUAUUAACAUAAAUAUGCAUUAUGCAGAUAUGCAGACAUGCCUGCCUAAUCGAUAAUCAUAAAGCUACUAAUAUACAUACAUACAUUUGUAUGACUCUGUAAAACAAUAAAAUAUGUAAUCAACUUAA